AUGAUUUCUGAAUAUUUUCAAAUGGCAACUCAAACCGUCUCACCGCGGAAUCUCUCAUUUCUGGAGAAUCUCGAAUUCAUUGAAGGGCGCAGUCUGGUGACGUCCAAGUUUGCUCUAGCAAUCAAUAAGAACGACAAUCUCGAACAACUCGGUCUGCGAAAACUCAAGAAAAUCAAAGCCGGUAGUGUGAUUAUCACGGAAAAUCACGGACUGUGCUAUGCUCAGACGAUCAAAUGGGACAAGAUCAUUGCUGCAAAUGCUCAAGCGCUAAUUACUAAGAAUAUGGAUUCCAAAUGUGAAGGACGUGGACGGAUCUGUGACGAGACCUGUGACCCCGAAUAUGGAUGCUGGGGUCGUGGUCCUACAAUGUGCACAAAAUGUCGUUACUGGCAGUUG